ACCCGAUUUAUAUAUAAACCCGCCGCUCAACAGAUGUUCCUGUGUACGUUGAGUUCUCGUGCCAAAGCGACGACGAUCGACCUUCUCUACACAGCAAUCGACAUGAAUUGCGAAGUUUGCCAGCUUAAAGAACUCGAGGUCGAGCACUUCGAGAUACGUGAAGUUCUAAGCUGUGUUCUGCAUACCAUAUUCUUUCACAGAGCUUUAGGUCUAGUGCGUCCAAAAGAUGUUGAUCUGGAGCUCUUUGAGAUUACAUAUGUGCAAUGUGGUGAUGUAGAGCUUGAGAGAAAAAUAGAUGAGAAAAUUGAUCAAUUUAUUGAAAGAGUGGAGAAACAUCCAAACAAAAAAAAUCAGAUAUGUCUAUCUUUCUACGAAAUAAAAAACAAACAAGCCUCAUGGUUCUCUAACAGAGUUGAGCGCCUCUUCUGGGAGCAGUGGUACCUAAAUCUAAAUGUAGCACAACACCCAAAAGGCCAUUCUGGCAAGUACCAUCAUUCCAAACUUGUAGUUAAUCCUGGAGAGAAUUCAGCUGAAGCUAGGAGUGCUCGGCGUGCAGCAUUAGAAUCUUCGCUUCGUGAUGUUCUGUUUCAGAUAAUCAGAUUUGUCAAUGAAAAGAAGGAUCAUGUCCCUCCAAUUCCAAAGAAGGAUCAUGUAUCCCCAAUCUCUAAUUUUGAAGGUGUUUCGUUUCCUUAUGAAAUUACUAUCUCAAGUUCAUCAGAUUCUGCAUUCGGGAUGGACAUGUUCAAGCGAAUGCUCCAAACUGGACAUCCUUCCAUGCUCAGCUGAUUCAACAAGUUGACCAAGGUCUCUCUCCAUCUUCUUUUAACUAUUAUUCACCACGUGGUUCAAUUUAUUGAGGAGCUUGUGAAUAUAUUUAUAUAUAUAUAUAUAUGUAUGUGUGUGGG